AUGAGGAAAACGUGCUGGAUUUUCGACUUGUUUACGGUCUGGGAGAAGAGGGAGAGAGAGGUUUUAUUUCCGUCCUGGAGCCGGGCCAGGGGGGGGGGGGGAAGGAAGAAAUCAGAAGCUCCCGGUGUUCAGUUUCCGGUCGACUGGGCUGAAGAUGCCGACAGGCCGGACCUGGUCGCGCGUGAACUGGUGAAGGCUGCCAAGGAAUACGGCUCUACAGACAAUAUCACUGCUGUAGUGGUUUUUCUCCAGCCCCCGGCAGACAUCAUCGCCAAGAUCGUCAUGGACUUGAAAGCCAGCGACACCUGGGAAUGCUCGAACAAACUGAAAGCCUUCGAAUUUCCCGUGACGAAAAGCUGCCUUCGAGGAAGUGCUGUGCGAUGGAGCAAUGAUGCGACGCAAAUCCAUUGGCUCACGCAGCACUUCGCGAGAAGCAGUGAUCGGUUGCCGAACUCAUUUUUAAAUUGCGAUUUCCUCCAGUUUUGCCACACUAAAUCCACUCUUGAUCGUGAUAACGUCCAUUACGCUGGGAGAACUUUUCCCCCGGUGUUUUCGAACUCAACGAGUGACGUGCCGUUGCCCGAUGUCCACGUGUGCCCAUUGAAGAGUGUGUCGGCUAUUGUUUUCCCUUUCCCGGGGCUGUUGCCCGGAAAGAAAGGAAGAAUCCCUGCUGCGCAGGGUGAUGUUGACGAGAAAAAGAACGGGUUUUCCGAGUCGGACGAAUCCGAUGGACAGGCUCCGAUGCGCUUCUUCAAGCCGUGGAGGAGAGGCAACAACGAUCACGGAGGACCGGAAGAAAAAUCGGACAUGGAAGUUGGCUUGUCCUUGACUAGCAAUGUCCUGAGUCCAGACAGUGCUGGAUUUUACCCGGAACACAGCUCGGUGCAGCCCGGGUUCCCGAACACGGUCAAUCUCCCAGGAGACUUGCCUGAGGUCGCCGAAGAGGACGAAGAAGAACGAAAGCAGUUGGAGAUGUUCGGGGUCGGCACUGGGGACCUUCUCCGAGUCUCUCCGACGCCCGAGGAUGUUGGUUGGCAGAGAUUCCUCGCAAAUGGUGCCAAGUGGCUCAAGAGGUCAGGUGUUCCAUUCAGUGCCCAGACGCUUUCUGUUUCGGAGAUGCUCUUCAAUGUGGAAGAUAUCCAAAUCCUAGGCGUUGAAGCUAAGAAAAGUGAGUUGGUCACUGCCACGUGGCGCUCAACACCAUCAGUGCGGGAUACUUCGGCGGACAACCGUUCCGCCAAGAAGAAGAAAAGUGUGGACUCCGCCAUUUCAGCAAUUGACUCCGUCCUGUUGUCUGGAAAUGAUUUGGCUGAGCCGGUUGGAGAACCCUUGUCUGAUGAUGAUUGGAGCUACAAGCCUGGAGGAGGAGCAGGAGGCGCAGAAGAGGACGACGACGACGAAGAAGAAGAGACUGUGCAUGAAGAGACGAAUCCCUUCCGCCAGCAAGAAGCGUCUCAUGUAAUGCUGAAUCCCCUGGCGACCGAGUUCAUCCCAGGUGAGGGCAUGAGUGUGGCUCCGGAAUUCCUUCAGCACAUGAAAACCGUGGAGCUUGAGCAACAUCCAGCCGAACGAGCUUCGGAGCAAGUCGAAACUAAGCAUGCUGAGGAUCAGGUGGAAUCUUGUGAUGUGCGGAAGACUUCUGAAGAGAUUUCGCCGUUCGAGGAACAAGUGCCUAAGGAAUUGGAGGCUAUAACUUCUGAGCCCGUUUUGUCAUCAGUUGAUGACGAGGACGACGUCGUGAAAGAGGCGGAGAUGGAUUCGGCGCCUGAACGCCUGGUGGAUCCCGCACUCGAUGAAGCAUCUGUCUCAGAAACUGAAGUUGAAGACGAUUUUGUGCACGUGCCUCCGGGCGAACAAGGAUAUGUCUCCGAGCCCGUGAUCGAACCCGUGUUCGUCCCUGAGCCUAUGUCUGAACAAGCGUUUGUCCCUCAACCUGUGGUUGAAGAGCCGUUUGUGCCCGAGCCUGUGCCUCAAGAAGAGUUUGUUGUCCCUCAGCCUAUGGUUGAAGAGUCGUUCAUCCCGGAACCCCUGGCUCAAGAAGCACCGUUUGUGCCCGAGCCUUUGGCUCAAGAAGCAGCGUUUGUGCCCGAGCCUUUGGCUCAAGAAGCAGCGUUUGUGCCCGAGCCUGUGGCUCAAGAAGCAGCGUUUAUGCCCGAGCCUUUGGCUCAAGAAGCAGCGUUUGUGUCCGAGCCUUUGGCUGAAGACGCUUUUGUGCCUGAGCCUGUGGCUGAAGACGCUUUUGUGCUCGAGCCUGUGACGGAACACGUGGGUCUCCCAGAGCCCGUGGUUGAUGAAGGGUUCGUUUCUGAGCCCGUGCUUGAAGAAGCGUUCGAGCCUGUAGUAGUAGAACAAGAUGUCUCUGACCCUGUCCACACAGAACCAAUUGUCUCUGAGCCUGUGGUUGAGCAAGAACACAUUUCUGUUGCUCCGUUCGAACAAGAGUUUGUCUCCGAGUCUGUUUUUGGGCAGGAAUUUACUCAGAAACCUGUGGAACACGACUUGGUGGAAGAUGCGGUUCAUGAGCCCGUGAUUGAAUCCAAUAUUGCGGUGGAACCUGCUGAUCAUAGCUUUGAUAAUAGGGACUUCAUUGAUGAGGAUAUAGUCCAGCAGGAACCUGUGCCUGAAUUGCUCGAGGAUUCGCUUGUUCAUAGUUUUGAAGAGACCCUGAAGAUUUCUGCCAAGGCUGAGAAUCCUUUCGAGUCGCAUCAACGAGUUUUUGGUGACGAAAAUGGGGAGGUUUUGGAUCACGAGGAACUGGUCCAGCCAGUUAUGAAUAAUCUGGAGCAUCCGGAGCACCGGGAAGUCGUGUCGGAAUUCCAAGAGUUGGAAAUUGAAUUUCAGAAAACGUCAUUUGACCAUCGGGAGUCUAUUGAUCACCAGGAAAAAGUGCAGGAGAUUCAAGAACCCCGGGUGGAGGAUCCCGUGGGUUUCCAACAACCCAUGUUUGACAUCUUAGAAUCGGACCAUGUUGAAUUUCAUCAAGAGGUUGACAACCAAGAAUCUAAUCCUGUGGAGUUUCAGCGACCAGUGUUUGAGAUUGAAGAGCCUGUACCUGCAGAAGUGCAGCCACCAACGUUCCAACUACAGGAACCUGAGAAACUUGCGUUUGAAGUGGAUGAACAGCAUUUCAAGCAGCCUGACAUUGACCUGCUCCCAACGCUUUCAGGAGCUGCUCCCGGAAUCCGUCAUGUCUACUCUGAAGCAUGUGCUUCGAGUGUGACGAUGCCUGAGGCAAUGAUGAUGCGGUCUGAUGAACUCGAAGACCUCAUGCAUGUUGCGCCGGAGGUGAACAUUCAUUCUGCAGAGACGAAUCUGGAAGAAGUGUCUCCGGCUCCAGAGACGGAGAUGACGAGCCCUGCGCCGGAAGAAGAGCCGGUGCAUGUUGCGAUGGAAGCCGCACCGGAUGUGGUGCAGGAGCCGGAACCGGAGCCUGUGGCAGCCCCAGACGUGGUUCCUGAGCCAGAGCCGGAAGUUAUGAGGAAAGCUGUCAAGAGCGUCGCCUCCAAGGCCCCUCUUAAAAAGGUCUCUGUCCUGGGUCCAUUGGAUCCCAAAUUUAAGAAGAAAACCUAUUCGUACUGUAUGUAUGUGAUCGGAAAAAUUACCCCUGUGGCCAGCAAAGCCUCGCCAACGGCAGCAGCAAAGCCAGCCCCCAUCAAGAAGGCUGUUGGAGUUGCAAAACCUGCUGCUGCUGCUGCACCAGCUGGUGCUAAACCUCCUGGUGCUGCGAAACCUUCAGCUGGUGUGACAAAAAGUGUCUCGAAGACCGCAACUGGAGUAGCAAAACCCGCAGCACCCGCGGCAGCAAAACCUGCAACAGCUCAGAAGAUUUUGGGAACCGGAGCUCAAAAGCCGACUACAUCCACUGUGCACAAGCCAACUACUAGCGGAGCUCAAAAGACUGCUGUCAGCGGUACAGCUCAAAAACCCGUGACAGCGGCUCAAAAGCCUGCGGCAACUGGACCCCCAAAGCUGGCUGCCCCCAAGCCUGCCAGGCCUGUAGCGACAGGUGCAGCAAAACCUGCUGCGGGGAUGACGAGGCCUGUUGCGUCUGCUGCUGCUGCUGGUGCCAAACCUGCUGUAGCCAAGAGUCCAGCUAGUGCUGGAGCUGCAGCCAAAGCUUCUGCGAGACCUACGCCCACUGCAGCUCGUCCUUCUACUGCAAGGCCUUCUCCGAGUGCUGAGGCGAAACCGAAGACACUCGCGAGACCAGCAACGGCCACGACGGCAAAGCCCAAGUCUGCGACGGCGUCCCCAGCGACGGCUGAGAAGAAGAAACCCUCGCCGGCCCCAAUCCGUCGUCCGGUGCCCAAAAAGGACUGAAGGCUCCCCAUGAACACGUUUCUUGAUCAAGUUCGCCCUCGUUCUAAAAUCUCGCGCUUCGAAAUGGAAAAAGAGAAAAAGUUUUAUUUUACAUGUGAUACGAUUUACUUGGUGUUGUCGGCGUCCAUUUCCCUGUACCGCCCUUUUGUAAAUCCGCAAAUCACUGCAUUUUUUUUUUCUUGACGACGCGGCCUGAUUGAUUGGUCUCUGCACUGUGAGCGCCUGGCUAUUUAAUUUGAAUAAAGCGCGGCUGAGAGAUAGAAAUCUUCCAUCUUUCAUCCCUUUUCCAAUCGCGGAAGUAAAAAAACGUGUUUGGGCUA